AUGAUUACAUUAUCGUUAGAUUUUUCUAUAAAACCGAUUCAGCAGCCUUUGCGACGAAUACCUAUUGCACUUGAGGAAAAAUUUGAGCGUAAGAUAAACGAGGCGCUUGUACAAGAUAUUAUCCAAACGGUAGUUGGACCAAGUUCAUGGAUCUCCCCUAUUGUACCCUAUGUCUUUAAGGGGAAUGGCAAAAUGAGAUUGUGUGUUGAUAUGCGCAGAGCGAACCAUGCAGUGCUUAGGGAAAAUUAUCCGCUCCCCACUUUUGAGAGCGUCAUGACAAAAUUGAGAGAAGCCAAAAUAUUUUCGAGGCUCGAUUUGAAGUGGGCUUACCACCAGCUUGAACUGGACGAAGAAAGUAGAGAGAUUACCACAUUUAUUACACAUAAGGGGCUUUUCCGUUACAAGAGGCUAAUGUUUGGCAUAAAUUCAGCACCCGGCGAAUCAGCAAUGAAAAGUAGAAUAAGGGCCAAAGUUUGGUGGUCACUGGUCGAUAGAGAAGUAGAAGCGUACGUCUCACAAUCGAACAACCCUGAGCCCAUGAAAAGACAUGCCUCCCCAGAUGGCCCUUGGCAGUGUGUGGCCGCAGAUCUACUAGGCCCGCUGCCAAAUAGUGACUAUGUAUUCGUACUUAUUCUCUACUACUAUUCUCGUUAUCAGGAAGUCAAAUACUUGAGGAGAAUUACAUCGGAAAUAAUUAUAACGGUUUUGAAUGAAAUAUUUUGUCGAUUGGGCAUACCCAAAUCCAUUAGAGCGGACAUUGGCAGGCAAUUUGUCAGUGGCGAGUUUAGGAAUUUCUGUGACGACCAUAAUAUCACAUUGAUAACAACUCCACCAUAUUGGCCACAAGCCAAUGGGGAGGUGGAAAACAUGAACCGGUCAUUGGUAAAGCGCUUAAAAAUCGCCCAUAACAACCGGCGAGACUACGUAAAAGAGAUUCAAAACUUCCUUCUAAUGUACAAUGUGACCCCUCAUGGUACCACCGGUACACCACCGACUGAGCUAAUGUUCAACCGCGUCAUUCGCGAUUAA